AUGUAUAGUGGGUCGCAGCCGCCGUCGCCGGCGAGCUGCACGCCUUCGAACGAGGUGACGACGUGGGACGACGAUGCCGUGAGCGUUUCGAGCGGCACUUCAGCGACGACGGCGACGCGGACGACUCCGCGAGUGCUGCGACGGACGAGGGUGUUGCUGCUGCUGAUGACGACGAGGACAUCGCCGUGGACGCCACCGCCGCCGCUACCGACGAGGACGACGCUCGUGUCGGUGCUGCUAGGGAUGCAAAUCCAACAGCUGGUGCCGCGUGGGAACGACUGCUCGCGACUGCCGCGACGGGUCUGGUCGAUGGUGCCAGUCUCACUGAACCGACGGACAACGGCGGGACCACCCUUCAAGACAUCGACAUUUCUGCUCAAGGUGUUGCCUUUCAUGGCGCUAUGGAUCAAGCUGCUCAUGAUGACUGUUUUCAAGAUGUUGGAGAUGUUCUAUUUGAAGACACCGCCGAUGACGAUGCUGCUGCUACGUGCCCCGACUUCGACGACUCGAUCUUCGACGCUGUGCAUCCCGCCAUGGAGACCAACUACUGCCCCGUUUUUGUCCAAGACGUCCGUCCGGUCGACCUCCCCGCUCAGUAUACCUGCACCUCAUACCGUUCAAGCCGGCCCCGCUCCCGACGAAGAUGCUGCCCCCGACGCCGCCACUACCGACCCGCUCGCCCCCACGCCCGGUUGGACGAUCGAGUCCCAAGACUCACGUUCACCGGCUGACUAUCCGGAUAUCGACGAUGGUGCAACGCCUGCCCCGUCUCUGGCCACGCUAUCCAUCUUCCCGCACAACGCAGCGACUUUUUGCUGCGUCACGUGCGACUUUGUUGCACCGCAGCUUGCGGAGCUGCGUGCGCACCGAGACCGGCGGCAUCUCGGGAUCCCGUUCAUGGACAUUUUUCACAGUGGAUGCGCCUGUGCCAUGUCGUUUGUCAAACGGGCAUCGGCUACUAGGCACACCCUCUACUGUGGGGCAGCCUCGUAA